AUGUCGAAGCUCUUCAUUGGAGGCCUUGCAUGGCAUACCGACGACCAGGCCCUGCGUCAGAAAUUCGAGGAGUUUGGCCAGGUCGAAGAAGCCGUGGUCGUCAAGGACCGCGACACCGGCCGCAGCAGGGGCUUUGGCUUCGUGCGCUAUGCCAAUGACGCUGAGGCAGAUGCUGCUAUGCAGGCUCUGAACAACGAGGAAUUCGACGGCCGUAGGAUCCGCGUCGACAAGGCCUCCGACCGUGCUGGAGGCGGUGGCGGUGGCGGUCGUGGUGGCUACGGAGGCGGCGGUGGUGGUUACCAACGUGGUGGUGGUUACGGAGGUGGUGGUUACGGCGGCGGUGACCGUGGCUACGGUGGUCAACAAGGUGGCUCCUCUUGGGGACCUCCUCAGGGCGGCCAGCAAGGCGGCGGCUACCAGUCUCGUGGCGGUUACGGCGGUCAGGGUGGAGGUUACGGUGGCCAGGAAGGUGGUCAGGGUGGCCAGCAGUGGUAG